AUGGACAGCCCAGAGCCCCAAGCUCAAGGCGGCGACGUCGAAACCCCAACGCAGCAGCAAGCUCGCCUUCGCCGCGAGCGACGUGAGGCCAAGAUCAAAGCCGGAGGUUCUGCACGAUUAGAGAAAAUCACCAACCUCUCCGGCAGACAGAAUCUACCCGAACCUCCUCCUGGCACACUCCCCACCUCUUCGCCCUCCACGCACGGCGACCCGGAAGAAGUCGAUCUCUCCACCCACCCAUCCGCAAAUCGUACCCCGAACUCGAACAAUGGUGCUCCAACGGAAGCGGAUAUACGUGCGCUCCUGCGGGGCGGGGCUCCUCAGCCUGGCGCCGAUGGUCAGCAACAGCAGGGGGAAGAGGAUCCGAUGAUGAAGAUGCUACAACAAUUCAUGGGCGGUAUGCCCGGUGCUGAAGGACCAGGAGCGGAAGGAGAAGGCGGGUUGCCGCCUGGUCUGGCGGCUAUGAUGGGGGCCGGUGGGAUGGGCAUGCCUGGCACGGGUGGGACGCAGACGAAGCAGGAGGAUACGUAUGGGUACCUGUGGAAGAUUGUGCAUGCUGUCUUUGCCUUGGUACUGGGUAUCUACGUUACGGCUACGUCGCACGCAUUUAAUGGGGAUGUCUCAAGAGGUGGCGUUGCGGGAGCUGGACACGAGGGGGGUGUCAACGUAUUUUGGCUAUUUGCAACGGCGGAACUGGUACUGCAAAGCUCGAGGUUCUUCCUGGAGAAAGGAACCGGCAGUCAGCUGGGAGGGUGGAUUGGGAUUGUGGGGAACAUGCUGCCGGAGCCGUGGAAGGGAUAUGUUAGGUUAGCAGCGAGAUACAGUGGGAUCUGGAGUACGGUCGUAGAAGAUGGAAUGGUCGUCGUUUUUGUUCUUGGGUGUGUGGCAUGGUGGAAAGGUGCGGUCGGGUAG